AUUAGAUUCGAAUCAGCGUUCAAGCUGUGCGGACUUUUUCUCUCAAACAAAUAUUUGACUUAAUAUUUUAUAAUAGAAAGCCAAAAUGGCAAAGGAUAACCUAACGGCUGUUUUACAUGGCAUUGAGGACAUGCGCUUGGAACAGCGUCCUAUACCGAAUAUUUCCCCAGAAGAGGUUUUAAUCGCAAUGGAUAGCGUCGGAAUUUGUGGAUCAGAUGUUCAUUAUUUGACUAAAGGUCGUAUCGGCCACUUUGUGGUGACCAAGCCCAUGGUAAUCGGCCACGAAAGCGCAGGUGUGGUUGCCAAAGUGGGCAGCAAAGUUAAGAAUCUGACUGUAGGAGACCGAGUUGCCAUUGAGCCGGGAGUUCCUUGCUACAAAUGCGAUCAUUGCAAGCAAGGCAGCUACAAUCUGUGUCCCGAUAUGGUAUUCUGUGCCACGCCCCCUUACGAUGGUAACCUGACCCGAUACUAUAAGCACGCAGCGGACUUUUGCUUUAAGUUGCCUGAUCAUGUCACCAUGGAGGAGGGUGCGUUACUAGAACCUCUAUCCGUGGGAGUGCAUGCCUGCAAACGUGCAGGCGUCAGCUUGGGAUCGAGGGUGCUGAUUCUAGGUGCAGGUCCUAUUGGAUUGGUUACACUGCUGGUUGCUCAAUCCAUGGGUGCAACGGAAAUUUUAAUAACCGACCUGGUGCAACACCGUCUGGACAUUGCUAAAGAGCUAGGCGCCACUCACACUCUGCUGCUGACGAGUGAUGAGACAGCUGAGCAGGUCGCGGAUCGUGUGCGUAAAGCAAUGGGUGAGGACCCCGACAUAUCGAUUGACUGCUGUGGAGCGGAGAGCACUACACGUUUGGCGAUCUUUGCUACACGAGCAGGAGGUGUUGUUGUUAUUGUUGGCAUGGGACCGCCUGAAAUGAAGCUGCCCCUAUUCAAUGCCCUGGCUCGAGAGGUAGACAUUCGCGGUGUCUUCCGUUACUGCAAUGACUAUGCCGCUGCUUUGGCCCUGGUGGCUUCUGGAAAAGUGAAAGUAAAGCGACUUGUCACCCACCACUUUGAUAUUCAAGAGACACAAAAGGCAUUCCAAACAGCUCGUACUGGCACGGGCGGUGCCAUUAAAGUUAUGAUACAUGUUCAACCUAGGAAUACCAACAAUCCUGUAAAAUUUUAGCUCAGAGAUUUUAGUAAGCAUUGGGUUAUAAGUCUGAAAACAUGUAAUACGUAGUUUUAGAAGAAACAAUAAAUUUAUUUGCUUGGUACAAAAUUAA